ACGUGGCCCCUCCCGGUUCCGGCGUGGUAGAGGCCCCGGGUGGUGAACAAGUCUCCGGCACCAUGUCUGGUUUGUCUGGCCCUGUAGCCCAGCGUGGCCCCCGCCUGUUGGCGUUGCUGUUGGCGUUCCUGCUCGGACCCAGCUCGGUCCUCGCCAUCUCUUUCCAUCUGCCCGUUAACUCCCGCAAGUGUCUCCGCGAGGAGAUCCACAAGGACCUGCUAGUGACUGGCGCCUACGAGAUCGCCGACCAGUCUGGGGGCGCUGGCGGCCUGCGCACCCACCUCAAGAUCACAGAUUCUGCUGGACAUAUUUUAUACUCCAAGGAAGAUGCAUCCAAGGGGAAGUUUGCUUUUACCACUGAAGAUUAUGACAUGUUUGAAGUAUGUUUUGAGAGCAAGGGGACAGGGCGGAUACCUGACCAACUCGUGAUCCUAGACAUGAAGCAUGGAGUGGAGGCGAAAAAUUAUGAAGAGAUUGCAAAAGUUGAGAAGCUCAAACCAUUAGAGGUAGAGCUAAGACGCCUAGAAGACCUUUCAGAAUCCAUUGUUAAUGAUUUUGCCUACAUGAAGAAGCGAGAGGAGGAAAUGCGUGAUACCAAUGAGUCAACAAACACUCGAGUCCUGUACUUCAGCAUCUUUUCAAUGUUUUGCCUUAUCGGACUAGCCACCUGGCAGGUCUUCUACCUUCGUCGCUUCUUCAAGGCCAAGAAGUUAAUUGAGUAAUGAGACCAAGUCUCCUCCUCCCUUGUGAAUCUCAGCCAGCAGAACAUCGCUGGGACGUGCCUGGCCUAAGGCAUCCUAUUAACAGCACCAUGAAGGCACGCUGAAGCUUUCUUGCCAGAACUGAUCUUUUUUGGGAGGACUUGGGGUACUACCUACACUCAACAAGUCAAUGAGGGACUUCUUUUUAACUCGGUAGGAUUUGGACUGGUUUUGCAACAAUAGGACUAUUAUUAGUCACCCAUGACAAAAAAUAGGGGUUACCCAGAUAAUGCCAAAGUCAGCAUUUGUCUUGGGUUUCCUCACGUGAUCUAUUUGAACCAUGUUUGCUUUCCUUCUCCCACUUGCUCACUAGCUUGGGCUUUCACUGUAGUUCUUUUACCACGAUUUGUAUGACCAUGUUGAACUUGUUUCUUACUGAUUGUCCUCUUUGGGUUUCCUUCUAAAAACAUCCUGGCCCUUAGCUGAAGUGUUUACAUAGCUUCUGGUGAUAUCCUUUCAUAAUUUUAUGUCUCUUACAAGAGUCGUGAAUGUGAUACCUUAUAAAAGUGAGCUCAGAACUGUAGAUAACUUCUUAAAAAAAUCUCAUUUUAGACAAUUAAAAUAUUUGCUCAACUGCUUGAAUUUUUUUUUUCUUUUUGUGUAUGUGUACUUAGUUCCAUGCAGUUUUAUCAUGUUUAGGGUCAUGAGACCAUCACAAGCUAUAGUACAGUUUCAUCACAUGGAUUCCUCAUAUUGCCCUUUUAUAGCCAUAGCUACCUCCCUUCUAUAUGCCCCUUUACCCCAAACUCUGGCUACCACUAACCUGUUUACCAUCACUAUAAUUUUGUUUCAAAAAUGGUACAUAAAUAGAACCAUUAGAAUGUGACCUUUUGAGAUUUACUUUUUUUACUCACCAUAAUUCCCAUGAUAUCCAUUCAAGUUGUUACAUUUUAUCAAUAGUUUAUUCCUUUUUAUUGCUGAUUAAUAUUCCAUGAUUAUAGAUGUACCACGCAGUUUCAUCCACUGAAGGACUGAUGGAUUGUUUUCAGUUUUAGGCCCUUAGUAAUAAAGCUUCUGUGAAUUUUUGUGUAUAGGUUUUCAGAUGAACAUAAAUAUUUAUUUCUCUGGAAUAAAUGCCCAGAAAGAGCAAUUGCUGGGUUCUGUGGUAAGCACAUUUAGUUAUGUAAAAAAUUUCCCUACUCUUUCCAGAGUGGCUGUACCGUUUUACAUUUCCACCAGCAGAGUAUCACUGAUGAGUUUCUCUUCAUCCUUACCAAUAUUUGGUGGUAUUACUAUUUUUUUAAAUUUUAGCCAUUUGAAUAGCUGUGUAUAACAUCUCAGUAUGAUUUUCAUUUGCAUUUUUCUAAUGGCUAAUGAUGUUGAACAUUUUUCAUGUGCUUGCUUAUGAUUUGUAUUAUCCUCUUCGAUGAAAUGUUUGUCUUUUUCCCAUUUUCUAAUUGGAUCAUUAUUUUUACUAUUUAGUUUCGAGAGUUUCUUAUUUAUCCUAGAUACAAGUCCUUUAUCAGAUGUGUGGUUUCUUGAAUUUUUAACAUCACUUCCACCAAGGAAAAGUAAGUAAAAUUUACCAUCUCUUCUUGCAUGCCCAAUUAUUGUCUUAGUUCCUGUCAUUAUGUACUCUUUCUAGAGAAUUGAGACAUAGGAGGUAUUAAAAUAGGUAUCUAGGAGGAUCAUGGAAAGAGUAAAUACUUGAAAAUACAUGUUCUGAAAGUAAAGCCAAAAAUUACUUGUGGGAGUGUGAGAUGCCUAAAAGUCCAUACUAAUGUAAAAAAGAAAAUAUGGAGUUGGGGUAGAAUACUCUCCUUGGAUGUGUGAAGCCCCAGGAACUCACACAUAUACACAUACCUGCCCACAGAGUGGAUACAAGUGAUGAUGUUCAUAAACAGGAAAACUAUCACUUGAAAUCUUUCCAGGGCUGGGGUUGUGGCUCAGUGGUAGAACCAUCCUCUAGCACAUGCAAGGCCCUGGGUUCGAUCCUCAGCACCACAUAAAAAUAAAUAAAGGUAUUGUGUCCAAGUACUUCUAAAAAAUAAAUUAAAAAAAAAAAAUCUUUCCAGCUUCUCCUAGGAAAGUAGGAAGGAGUUCUUUCUUUCUGGAAUCUCUUUUUAACCCUGCUAAUUGUUACAAAGCUUGUCUAAUUGAAUGGUAAGAAUUACUGGACUUAGGUUCAUAUCACUUGCAGUUAAGAAGCAGAAUAUGAAAAUUAUCAAAUAACACUGUUGUGAUGACAUGGAUAAAGUGUGAAGACGAAAGAGGGCAUGAUUUAUGUUAAAAUCUCAGGCUAAUCAAUGUUCUAAUUACUAUGAAUAUGAAAGCUGCUUUUUUUUUCCUCCUGGGCAGCAAUAAGCUCUCACCAGCCAACUUGAGCAACAUUGCCAUCUGCUGUUAAGAAGGGAUAUUGCUGCUUCUGAGAACUUGGCAGUAAUAUCCUUGCCAUAGGGACAGCAGAUGUUGAGAAAGUCUGUAGCACUACUGAUAUUAAAAGACAGUAUGCAUCCAAAUACAGAAAAAAAUAAACUAGUGGAUUAAGUUCCAUCCUUAAACUUUUAAAUAUAAAAUCCUAGCCUGUACCAUUAGCCUAACAAGAAACUCAUAUUUCUGACUGGUGCCUUCCCCUUUUUUAGAAGCAGUGAAAGCUUCUAUUAGUUAUGGUUUUCUACUCUGAAAAAUAUCAAAGAAGAAGAUAAGAGAGGAGAGGAGAGAAUGUUUUAUUUUGCUGAUGCUUUUGUUUCCAAGUGGCUCCAAACUGAAACUUUGUGGAACUGAAAUUCUUUAAUGUUCCUUCCUUUUACUCAUGCCAAAAAUACCACCAUGAACAUUUGUGCUUUGGGUUUAAAAGUUAAUAUUAUGCCUUGCUUUUCUCUAAAAGGUAAAAAUAUUUGCCUUUGAAAACAGGCUAGUACAAGAGCAAAUAAGCUUUAAAAAAAAAAAGGGAUGUUAUCUGCUUUACUCCCUUUUUUACUCAGAAUGAUCUGUAUAAGUGGGAACAAUUCAGUUCUAAAUAAACUUUGUCAUACCAUUGUCAUGAACCCCUGUCAAAGCCAUUUUCUGUUUGUUUAAUGGAAAAGGCAUGUGGGAUAUAUACAGAUUCACUUGUGUUGAAUUGGGGGUUUUGUGUAAAUUUUCUCAAAUAAAUGCUAGCAGAAACCA